AUGUUUGGCCUCAAGAUGGUCGGCCUGAUGGUCGCAGUGCUUGCCAUGUUUAUCAACGUUGCUGUUGCCGUCCCUGCUCGUGGCAUGAUUGGUCCGGUUCGCCAGAUCGCCAAUCAGACUGCAACCCUCUCUGCCGCCGAUGGUUUGUUCAAGGGCAGACGCAACGGCCCUCUGGAGUACCACCGAACCCUGUCAAAGUACAACAUUCCCAUUCCUGAUGGUCUGAAGAUCGCCGUCAAUCGUUAUGCAGAGAAAUUGCCUAUUGGAGACACUGGCCGUGUUCCUGCUUCCUCUCAGAAUGGUGACCUCGAAUGGGUUGCUCCAGCUGAUAUUGGUACCCCUUCGCAGAGACUUUACCUUGACUUUGACACUGGUUCUGCCGACACUUGGGUCUUCACCAAUGAUACUGCUACCAAGAACGUCAAGGGACAGACAAUCUUCGACAUCAAUAACUCGACAACUGCCAAGCUGAUUCCAAACUGCACCUGGAGCAUCAUGUACGGCGAUUUCUCCAGCUCUUCCGGUGUCGUGUACAAGGACAACUUUGCCCUAGGAGACCUCAUCAUCAAGGACAUGACUAUCGAGUCUGCGAAGCAAGUUUCGACGCAGUUCUCCAACCAGAAGGAAAUGUCAGGCUUGGUCGGCCUCGCCUUCAGCAAGAUCAUUGAGACCAAGCCAAAACAAAAGUCACUGACCGAUUUCCUACCAGAAGUUCUGGAAGAACCUAUUUUCACCACCGAUCUUCGCCACAACAGCAGUGAUGGAUCCUUCAACUUUGGUUUUAUUGAUCGCGGCCUUCACGACUCUGAGAUUGAGUAUGUCGGUAUUGACAGCAGUGAUGGCUUCUGGGGUGUCUCAUUCAAGGGCUUUGCCGCCAAGGACAGCUCUGACUACUCCUAUGAAUUCUCCGACCCACCCACGGUUAUCCUGGAUACAGGCUCGACGUUGUUCUAUGCACCCGACGAAGCUGUUACGGCGUACUACAAGAACCAUGUUCCCCUGGCUAACUUCUCGUACACUGAGUACGGCUGGAUUCUUCCUUGCAACUCGACACCCCCGAGCUUCAUCUGGGAAUUAACGGACAAGGACGACAAUGUUGUUCAAGGUGAGGUCCCAGGGGAGUAUUUGCCAUAUGCAGUCCUGGACACCAAGGGUUCACCGGAAGGAUACUGCUACUCCGGUCUCCAAAGCCUUGGAGGCUUCACCUCACUUCAGGGAAUUCUUGGCGAUGUCUUUCUGAAGUCUGGCUUCCAGGUUUGGAACCUCGUUCAAGAGCGCAUUGGUUUUGCGCCCAAGUCUCUACCGCCCAUGACACCACGAGGCCUGGCAGGACAUGGCAAAUGGUCAGAUACUCGCAGUGCUCAGGAGAUCAUGGCCAACAAGACCCGAAAGAUCAUCCUGUGA